AUGUACUCAAUGAAAAAGAGAAGUGGAAAAAUUACAUACAAAGAACGAAGAAGUAACCAUGUGCUAACUGAAGCUGUUUGUAUUGCUGCUAUCAAUCAAGUUGCCAAAAUAGAGCUCUGUAGACCAUCCAGAAAAACAUUUGUUGCUCAGCCAUUCCUUCCUAUCGUCAAAAUAAUCUUUUCUCAAACCGAUGUUGUAGAUUUCGAGCAAAUAGUUGAAAAACGAAUCCUCGAGCGGUUUAACUUUGAUCUUCUAAAUAAUGUCACAGAAGAGACGGCCCUUCGAAGAUUAAAGAAAAAUCGAACGACAGAGUCUAUGCAACUAUUAAUUGACUUGAGUGAAGAAAAUGGUGUAACAUUUCAGUGUGCGCAUUCAAGUGGAAAGAAUAAUGUAAUGGUCAUCGAUUACAUUCAACGAAUGAGAUUUGCAGGAAGGACUUUUGAACUCAACGAACUUGAAACGAAAGGAAAAAUAAUACAUGAACACAUCAGCAAACUAUUUGUUACACGAAAGAAGGUUGUCUUGGAAAAGUGUGACAAGGAACUAGUCUGUAUUCUAAAUCAAUAA